AUGAUCUGCUGGAACUCCUCGAAGGUCUUUUCGAUCUUCUUCUUGCCCUGGUCCACGAUCAUCAAAGCUCAAGCUGAAAAUCUGUAUAAAGCUAUCCAGCGUUUCAACCUCCUGUUGUCUGAACACGGAGAAACUCUGAAGAAACACACACAGGAGCUGCUCUGCAUCGCGGACAACUUAGACAAGGUGUCAAAGGGGACAAAGAUAGCGGGCAUCACAGGCGGAGCGACGUCAGCGGUGGGGGGGGUUGCAGCAGUAGCAGGCGUCGCUCUGGCUCCCUUCACCUUGGGGGCCUCGCUGCUGCUGACGGUCGCCGGCGCCGGGGUGAUGGCGGCGGGGGGGAUCACCGGAGCCUCCGCCGCCAUCGCACACAAGGUGACCAGAAACUCUCCCAAAUACAGACAACGCCUGAAGGCAGCAUCUCACUGGACCAAUGGGAUUCCUCCAUGUGAUUUUAGUUUGUGA